CUUCCAAGACUCAAGAUUGUUUCAUUCUUCAUUUUAUUUCAACGAGCAGCUAACAAAUAAUAUUCAAUGGAGAUUUUUCGUCUACUCAAUGGACCUGUGUAUGACUCAGAGAUUCAAAAGCGAGUCAGAAAAGGUUCAAGUCUCAGCACGGAUGUCAAGAAUAGGCGAAAGAGGAGAUCAUCCCUUAAGCGACUUCGAGAUAAAAACCAGCGAGAUAUCGACAGUUCGCUACUAUUGAAUCUCACCUUAGACGUAAAUAAUCUGCGUCAGCAGGUGCACGAUUGUAUUAUGUUUAAAACCAUUCGCGAGAUGCGCUUGCUUGUAGCUAGAGAGCAGUUUCAGGCACGGUCCCUACGUUUGGUCGACAACUUUUUCCACAUUUUUCGACACGGCCACCCUGGAACAUUCUCAGCUACUGAAGAGAGUUUCUUGUCAAUGAUUAUACCCGAAAAUCUUGUCGUUAGAGGGCAUCGUAGAUCAAGAGUAGAGUUCUUGGAGCUAUGGCGGCAAUACAAGCAAUUAUUUAAAGUGUGAUGUGUUCGAGCAUACUCUGUAAGGGUCGUGAACAGUGAAUCUGGAAACUGCUUGAUCGAGUGGAUUGGAGAAUUUGAAGGACAGGUAACAGCUACUGCACUAGAACAAGUGUUUCCAAACUCGUGCAAGGAUAACGCUUUGGUUAAGCUAGUGCUAGGUCGCCGAUUCAUAUGUCCAACCCAGACUCUGUUAAGCUUCGAUGUAUAUGGUCGGAUGAUGCAUUAUAAUGGGAACAGUAGCGUAUUUGACGCCAUGAGCAAGCUUCUUAAUUAUAACUAUUUUCGAAUAGUGACUUUGAUGGCGAAUGCCGCGAUCAGUGAUUGCGGUAUGCUUGUUUCGGCUAAUGAGUACACCCGCCAAAAUCAUGACAUUUUUUAAUCCAAUCAAAAAGAUUCUAUGAAAAUUGGCGUGUCUUCUGCGAGCACGUUCUCAUCCCGAAGCUCAAUAAAUUUCAUCUUGUCGUGAUUGAGAGUUUAAGGUCUGAAAACCUCUCACUUUCGAUGGUUAAAGUGCGAAUGCGGUCUGGUUGCUAUAUCGUGCUAUAGAUAUCGAGCUUCAGAUCUCAUUCACUAAAAAGCGUCGAAGAAUGUACUCAAGUCAAAAACACGAUAAAUUGAAUAUGCAACAUUGGAUCUAAAAUCGUGCAUGAUAAACUGAGCAAUCAGUAUUUUGGUGAGCAUAGCUCACUGUGGAAUGUACAGAGCGGAUUCGACAGCAGCAAGAACUCUUGCGGAAUGCAAGAUUAAAUUUGCAAAUUCGUGUGAAUUUCAUUGACGCAAUACAUCAAUUGAGCCUUCUUGCCUUAAAUUGCGUAUAUCUUGUUUGAUAGCUGGCAAGGGUGGACUUCAUAAGUCGUUUUAAUUCAAAAGGCAGAUUUAUAUUCACCAAAAAUUCGCCUUGCCAUGACUUAUGAUA